CUUCAUCUUCAAAAAGGCAGAAAUUAGCAGAUAACGGAGAUCAAAGAAUUGAGCAACCAAUUAAGAAAAUUAUCAGCGAUGAAGAGGAUGAUUUAGAGGAUGAUUUUAGUCAUGAAAAAACUUCAGUUCAUGAUUCUGAUUACCUUAAUGAGUCAACAACCCAGAAGACUUCACAUAUUGCAACAUCUUCAGGUGAGGUUCAUGAUCCCGAUUACCUUAAUGAGUCAACAACCAAGAAGAUUUUACAUACUGCAACAUCUUCAACAUCUAGAGGCCAGGAUACUGCGACGGUGCUAUCUUCAUCAAGUUCAAGUGCGAGAAUGGUAACUUCGACAGCAACAUCACAUAAGGAUAGUGAAGAUGAUUUCGAAAGACGUGAUGCAUUUACAGAACUUCAAAAUGCAUCAAAUGAGUUUGAAGUAGCCUUAUGGGUAGCUCAUCAUCCUAGUGUUUUAAAUUUAGCCAAUACUAUACAUGACGCGAUGAAAGCUAAGAUAACAGACAAUAAAGUAUCCUUAAAUACUACUAAUCCGUACAAUACUAUGUUGAACCGUCCAGAAAUUGAUAAGGAAGAGUGCAAAGCACUCUUCCUUAGAACGCGAAAUAAUACUACAGAACUUUAUAAAGAACUAAUAAUUAAAGUUUGUAAAAUUAAAAAAAGUGAUUAUCGCCUUGGGACUUUGGCUAAAGACAUGGGGUAUUGGUUCGAUUCUUAUCGCUACAAGUUAUAUGUUGCGAUAUCAAGCCUUGCUGAUGAAUUUUCGGAAACAUAUGAUCAAGAAGAAAUACCAUCAAUCGGUGAAUUGUCGGAUUUUAUAACUGACGAUGUGUGGAAACAAGUACUUAAACUGCAUUUGAAAGCCACCGAUUUACCAGCACUAAAGAAUGAUCCAGAAAUGUUUAACAAGCUCGGCACUUUUGUGCGUCAAGCAGUUAGAAAUGUUCUUAUUGCACAAAAAAACGAACAAAAUAUUAGAAGUGCUAUUAGAAAAUGUGAUAAAAUCACUAUAGACUUAAAAAUUCCAACUAAGAUUGGGAUAGUCAAAACUUUGCCGGUUAGAGAGCUCUUAAAUUUGUAA